CACACUCAUUUCUUCAUCUUGGUGCGUGCCGUGCGUUUGUCUGUCGUUAAAAAGUGGUUCGUUUAAGCUCAAGUGUUCGCCUAACUUUGUGUAAAGCAUCAGAACGCAAUGAGCGAGGAGCAACCAGGCCCUUCAAAUGGGCGCAAGUCCCGUCGCGACAAAUCCUAUGCCCGUCGCCACGAGGACACUAAUGAUACGAGCAUGAGGAAUCGGCUACUCGGGGCGAAUAGAAUGGCCCCUGAAAUGUCGACAGAUGAUUCGAAUAGUCCACAGUACAAUGGAGACUCCCCGAUGAACGGUAAUGGACGGAGCGGUGGGAAAAAGAAAAAAAACCGCCGAAACCCCAAGGAACGCCGCGAGUCGGCCGAUUCCGGUUUGAAGGGUUAUACCGGAAGAAAUCCCGACCUCUCGGAUAAAGUGCACCAAAUCGCUGAUGACUCCGACGAGGAUCCCCGGUCGCCAGCUGAAAUCAGGGCGCUUUGCACGAGUGGUCUGAGGGUAUUCCCCCGUGAACAACAAGAACAACAACAACAACAGCAGCAGCAGCAGACAGAACCAGCGGCAGAUGCAGCAGUAGAAGAGGCCGCUGCUGCUGGUCCUGCUGCUCUGGCUGAUCCGGCUAGCCCGGAGCCAGACACUCCGACUUCCUCUCAGAUGUCUUCAUCAUCACCAUCAACAACAUCCUCCCGCACGGAGAAGACGAAGACAGCUAUCCUUCCGACAGCAAAAGAUCCAUCCCAUCCUUCCAUCCAACUAACAACAACAACAACAGUAAGAACUACUACUACCACCACCUCCACCACUUCGAGUACUGGAACCUCAACCUCAACCACCACCACCUGCAUCCCAGCAACGUCCUUGUUUAGUAACUUAUUGACUCCAGUACCAGUAGCGUCUGGAUCACCAGCACGACCUGUGACACCAGUAGCACCAGUAACAACGACCAACCAUCAGACACCGACAACUUCUCCCAGCCCAAUUUAUUCACCGACGGCACCAGCCAACAACAACAACAAUAACAGCAACAGCAGCCACUCCUCAGAGCACAACUCAAACAACUCGUCUGCGGCUUCAAGCGCAAGCGAUUCAGAACCAGAACCAGAACCGCAAGCAGCAGCAACAACAAAUGAAAGUCAGCAGCAAACAGCAACAGAUUUAGACCAGAAGGCUGAGGAUUUGGUUUUUCCCGGUAUGUCUCGGGUUGCUGUCUCUGCUUCCAGCCAACAGAUCCGAACACGCUCGAAUUCGACAAUCGUAAAUAAGCCUAACGACGCCAUCGACAACAAGGAAAAGGAGAAGAAGUCGCCGGCUACGGCUGCGGCUGCGGCUGCAGUCCCGACAAAUGCUACCAACAAUAAAAAAAAGAGAAAUCGUAAUACAACAAACAAAAGUCCUAGACCCAUCAUCGCACCAAAACCCUUGAUUUGUGGCGACGAUCCGUUGCCGCCUGAACGUCCACGACGCAAGAGUAUGGCGAGGGCAAAUGCCAGCGACUUGAUAUAUCGCGAGCCGUUUAAGUAUGGCUGGACGCGUCAGGUGGUGAAUCCCAGCGAGAGGUCGAACACGUCGGCUCAGGCAGUCUACACAUCGCCCCUGGGCAAGAAGUGCCGGAAGAUGAGCGAGAUUCAAGCGGUGCUUUGCGAUGGUUUCCUCACCACCGAUAACUUCCUCUUUGGAGGCCAAGUCGUGGGUGCCGGACCAGAGUUUGAGACAAUCCGCACGGCCGUGUCUAGGGAGGAGCUCAAUAACGCUUGGCAGGAGCGCCGCAAAUCGCUGGCGGCCGAAAAGGCGUCAGAUUCUCUCGCCGCGAAGGCGAAUCGGAAACGUCGCCAAACAAUGGGAGCCGAAUCUCAACCAGAGGCUGCUUCUGCGGGAGUUAGCAAACGUCGCAAAUCCACUGUCGUCGCAUCGGUGGCGACUGCCGCCGCGUCGGCUAAAUCUGUGGCUGCCAAAUCGCCGAAGCAUCUGGCAGCCGAUGCGGUGGCGGCACCUGGGGCUGGGGCAGGCAAACGCAAGUCAAAGCCGAAUGUGCCGAAAGGCGCCAGCCCUCCCACUGAGGGUUGGACUUCCACCACGGCCGUCAAGGGCAAUGCGCGUCUCCUAGCCGCCGCCAGGAAUGGAAGUGCCAGAUCCAGUGGACAUUACAACACAAGCGGCAGCUCCAGUGCCGCCAGCUUGAGCCAGCAAAAGCGCGCUACCUGUGUAUCCAGCUUAGAGCUGGUCAAUGGCAGCGAGGACGAGGAACUAGACGAUGAAGAGGAUGACAGCGAGGAGAGCUAUCCGGAGCUCCCUCUGAGCAAUGGGGUCAAGGUCCCUAAGACGAUUGAGCCGCCAGGCGAGAUGCCGCCAGCCGAGCUAUUCAGCACCGACACCAGCCAAGUGGCCACUCAAACUGAUUUGCAUGUGGGCCAGGAGGUUGUGGUCAUCGGUGGGCGGAAGGCGAUGACCAUGACUGGCGACCAAUCGCUCAAAAAUCAAUCCAAAGUCAUCGUGCCAAAACGAUUGGCCUCGUCCAAUCGAUAUGCUUCGCGUAAGCAAUCGUCGGAGACAGCCCCAGAAGACACUUGGGCAAAAGCGUUUGGCGCAGGCUUCGAUUGCCGCAUAUUGCUGGGCGUUAUGAAGACACUCAACCAGCAGGAUCUUGCUAGUGUCUCGCAGGUGUCGAAGUUGUUUAACUUGUGCGCCAGUGACCCUCAGCUGUGGAAAUCAGUCUCGCUGCGCGAUACAACGGUCAAAAACUGGCCAGCCCUGGUGCUCAAAAUGGCACGCAAGGGCACACGCGAACUGGACAUGAUGGGCGCCAUUAUACCCAGUACAACGAACCUCGGAGCCGGUCAUAUGCAUACAUUGAAGGAAAUGCGCGUGGUGCGCACUCACUGCACAAAGGCGGAAUUCUUGCAACAGAUCAUCAGUAAACUGCACAAGCUGGAGAAGCUGAUCGGCAUUUGCUGCAGCUCAAAACUCAGCUUUAGCGCCAUCGACAAGAUGGAGAACCUGACCGAGCUGCGUAUUCGCAUGACCGAUGCCAAUGGAUCGAUCACUAGCCUGUCCCAGGUGGGCAAGCUGACGCGUCUGCGUGUCCUGAGCCUGCGCGGCGUGAAGAACUUGUUCAAAUUUCAAUUUCUAAAGGAGUUGACCAAUCUGGAGACUCUGAUAUUGGGCAACUGCCAGAAUGAGGACGAGGCUCGUCGCCUGGGCAACGUGGUGCUUCCAACACUCAAAAAAUUACAGGCGUUCCGCAUCGAAACGGACAUUGACCAAAAGAAGAAUCCAACUUGGUCCUUCCCAAUCAAGGAAAUCAUGCAUGGACUCGCCCAGGCUGGUCACGUGCGUCGCCUGGAGCUGGUCAACGUCGAUGUGGACAGCAACUUUAGCGAGUUGCUGGCCAAGUGCCAGACAGUCUCGGAGCUGUUGUUGAUACCAAGGUGUCACGAUGAAACGAACGGUAUGAUACGUGCCGUAAUGGAAUUAACGCGCAAUAAAGCGCAGUUGAAACAAUUCAAACUCGUCAUAAACAAGGCGCUCCUAACCCUAACAGCAACGUUCUUGGCCAGACCCAACGUGCCAUUGGUCCCAGUGACUCGUCCAGUACACGGCAUGAAGCCUAGUGAAAAGUUAUAUCUCUGCUCUUCCAAUUGCCAGGAGAAGAACCACAACAGUUGUGUGGUCGGGAUGCACUUUGAGCGCUUUCAAACGUUCAUGUGCGAGCUAAUGGGGAAGUGCUCAACGUCGGUUGUGACCAUGGCCGUGGACCAUACUGUGACAGUGCAACUCGAGCGUCUGCCACCCGAUGAAAAAGUCCCAUAAUGUUGGCCCUUCCACACUGAAACCCACAUCAACCCACCAAACCAAUAGAAUCUAGAACCACUUCUACCAGAGAGCGCCAGACUGAGUCUUCGAGAGUCAUCACAAAAGUUGCAAAAAUUCGCGGACUAGAAAAGAAGAGAAAUAAGUAUUAGGUCGCUGAACAGUACCCCAACAACUAUAAACCCUUAAUUUAACUUAACAAAAGGCGCGUUCUAAACGCUGAACCAAUGACCGCACAACAAGACAGACACCCCAAUCCACACACACAACAACCAACACAGGAUAAAACAUAAACGAAGAGUACUCGUAAUCGCUUAGUUUCUAAUAACUAUAUAUAAAUGUAUAUAUAUAUAAAGGAUGCAAACAUUUGAUGUUUCAAUGUUGUCCAUCGACCACCAAGUAAGAGUUUUGCUCCAAAGCCAAACAACUGAAUAGAAUGUAAUUUUUUUUGUUGUUUUUUUUUUUUGUUUUCAACCAAAAUGAUUGAUGGCGAAAUUUGUACUUGUAAAAGCAAACUGAAAGAUAAUCAAAAGAAUAAUUUACCAUUCCAAAGGAAUGAAGAACAAAGAAGAAAGAUAAAAGCCAACUGGGCCGAAGCAAACCAUGGACUAUUCCAUGUUUAUAGUCAUUGCUUUUGCAUUUGUAAAGAGACAAACAUUGCUGUAAGCCUGUAAAUAUAUAAACAUAAGCCGAAGACAAGCCAAACACACAGCCCCCCAGUCCUUCCACUCGCACUCUGGCAGAGGAGUUUGCUUUUAGCACUGUUGGACUGUCGACUGUCCACCGUCGACCUGGGGCUGGCCUUUUGGUAACUAACUAUUAAAAUUUAUGUGACCUUUCACUGCACA